ACUGACUUUGUCUCUUUUGGAGUACUCCCACAAAGCAAGCAGUGUGGACCAAGAUGAGGACCUGUUCUCUGCUUCUGUUGGUUGCAUUUAUAGCCCUGACCGAGUCUUUCCAUGGAAGACACCACAGGCGUGACAAGCGGGAGCUUUUGGUGCGUGCCAAGAGAAGGUGGGUUUUGUCUACAAUUGAAAUACAAGAGGAAGAUUCCGGGCCAUUCCCGAAGGAAAUUUCGCAGAUGUUUAAUGACCAGACGCAUACAGACGAGUUCUUCUACGAAAUCACUGGAAAUGGUGUGACGGAGAAGCCGAUGGGAGUGUUCAAAAUCAAUGAAAUUAACGGAAGUGUCUAUGCCCUUAAACCUAUCGACAGAGAAACAGAUGAAUCCUUUCAUAUCAAAUUUAAUAUAUUGAGUAAAGCGGAUCACAAAACAAUAGACAAGCAACUAGCUUUUGAUGUAGAAAUAAAGGACAUCAAUGACAACGCCCCGAUUUUCCUCCAGUCUAAAAUGGAUGUAGGAGGUGAAGGAAAACAUGAAGGAAGACCGUUAGCGAAUUUGAAAGCCGUGGACAAAGAUCAGAGCAAUACAAUUAACUCAACAUUCACCUUCAGCUUGGAACAGGAACCAAAAGAGCCCAAGAUUGAGUUGAAGCAGGUGAAGGAUGUGGCCCAUCUCACAUUUAAAGGAUGUUUCGAUUACGAUAAAGUAAAGAAGUAUGACGUUAUUGUUCAAGCCAAAGACCAUGGAGACCCAUCCCUAUCAUCCACGGCUUUCAUUACUCUCAACAUUAUUGACACCAACACUCAUGCACCGACCUUCAGGCAGAAGAAGUACCAAGGUGAGGUAUCCGAAAUGAUCACCAAGAACGACAUUUUGAGAAUUGCAGUAGACGAUAAAGACACUCCUAAUACUGCUGGCUGGCGUGCCAAAUACAUCUUCAUGAAAGGGAAUGAAGACGGAAACUACCAAAUUGAUACUGAUCCCGUAACCAAUGAGGGCAUUUUAAGUGUUAUUAAGGGCAAGGAUUUCGAGAAGACAGAAAUAACUUAUCUCCUGGUUGAAGUAGAGAAUGAUGAACCCUUAACUCUUUGUAAAGACAAUAAACUUGUCGGCGCAAGCGAACAUCCACCUCGAGAUAUAGUCAACAUCACUAUGAAAGUGAUUGAUGUCAAUGACGCACCUGUCUAUGAGAAAAACAUAUUUCACUUGUACCUGAAGGAAGAGGAACCGCCAGGAAAGGAGAUUUUCACUCCAAAGAUUACAGAUGUCGACUCUGUCUUAUCCAAAGUCAGGCAUGUGCUGUUAGAAGAUCAAGGGAAAUGGAUGACCAUUGAUGCGAAAACAGGAACAAUCACAACAGCUAAAAUCAUGGACAGAGAGUCAGAAUUUGUUGAUGAAAACAGCGUUUACAAAAUCGUCCUUGGUGCCAUAGAUGAUGAUGAGCCUCCAGCCACAGGUUCUUGCACAGUCCUGAUCCACCUCAAGGAUAUCAAUGACAACAAACCUAUGCUGGCCAACAAUAGUGCCAUUUUGUGUGGAAACAAGGCUAACAAGGUCAUGGUGACAGCAAUGGACGACGAUGUCCCUCCUUUCAGUGGGCCCUUUACUUUCUCCCUUGUGGAUGAUGACAAAACUGUGACGGAGCGAUGGAAACUAGACCCUUCCUUUGGUGCGCAAGCUGGGCUUAUUAGCCAGACACCACUCCCAUAUGAUAACUACUCAGUGCCACUGUUGAUUCGAGACCAACAAAACGAGAUUACAAGUGCAACUAUGGUAGUGAUGGUGUGUGACUGCGGAGAGGGCGUUGUUUGCAAACCCAAAGAUCCAGUCACAUCCAACCUUGGGAAAGCAGGCAUUGGGCUACUCUUUCUAGGACUCUUAUUAUUUUUGUUGCUGCUCUUCCUUUUGGCGUGUCAGUGUAAAAAGAAGGAUAUGGUCAUGGUGCAGGAUGAGGGCAACCAGACCCUCAUCAAGUACAACCAGGAAGGCGGGGGCUCUGCUUGCCAGGCUGAGCCCACUCUGCUCCUGACACCUACACGCAUGGUGAACAAUGCCCCUAAAAUGAACACUAUUAAGACUUCUGAGAUAUCUAAUGAAGUGGUCAAGGACACAGAAUUCAACAACAGUCGAAUGGUAGACAUGAUCAACGUCACCUCACUGGGCUCGCAGCAACCAAGAAACACUUUCGCGAGCAGCGGGCUGGCCAGGCACAAUACAUGGAAUGUAAACAGGACUAACACCCGCCAGGGAAGCUCAUCAAUGUACCAGCGCUCCGUCAGCCUGCGCUCAAACCAACACAUUGCAGAUCACAUCGACAGGAGACUGUACACGAUUUAUGCAAACCAGUUGGACCAGGUGGGGUACCCGCCCCACGAGUAUGCCUAUGAGGGACUGGGCAGCAAAAGCCCAUCACUGGAUGAGCUGUCACUAAGCAACCAAGGAGAUGAUAUGAUUUUCCUGGAUGAUUUGGGGCCAAAGUUCAAGACCUUGGCAGGCAUCUGUCGACCCACAAUACAAGAAAAGAACAAGCUUUAAAAAAGGCAGCGCUGGACUGAUUUUUUUAUAUCGUUAUGUUUCUCUUCAUUUCAAGUUUGAGAUUGUGCGAUGUUUUGAGAAGGGAAGCACCACAAUGGUUGGAUUUGGUAUGUGUGCAUUGUGGACUUAAUAAUCAGAUACAUUUAGAGCCAUAUGUUAUAUAUUGGCACCGAUCCGAGAAACAGGGAUUAUGUAGGCGAGGCUGUCUUUUUUUGUGUUCAUGCAUUGCAAUAACUUUCAUGCUCUGGUGAUUCUUUAAGUUUAUGUUUUUACAGUGACUGGGAGUGUUUGCUUGUUUUUUUAACUUUGUAACUUUAGGAGAGUUGGGUUCCAGAAAAUCAAUUUUAGUUCUUGAGGUUAUGUCAGGGAAGUAUACUUUUUUAUGCUUUAAAAUUGCUUAUAAAUCUGUGGAAACUUGAAUAUGUCAUAGUAUAUAGGAUGUUUGAUUUCUGUCAUCCACUCAAUAGACCAUGUAUACUUCACAGGUUUCAUUUUGAAGAACUAUAAUUACCUGUGUUGAUUCAUCUUUUAUACUUGCCCACUUCAUGUAGAGGGGGUCAGCUAGUGGGUGUUGGCAUCAGAAAUGUAAUGCAGCUUGUCUGAAGGUAUUUGAGUUGAGUCCUGUUGACGGUUUCACGUAAUCAAAUGUGUCGCUGCCAAAAACAUUGUCAUGUCUUGUUGGAUUUCAUGCGAUGCAAGUUACAAUGGGUUCCCUUCAGUCUGUCAGAAGAAGAAGAGGCAGAACUUGUUGUAUUAAUGUUUGCACUAAUUUGGCACGGAAGAUGCCGUUAGGUGUGGCAGUUUUACUCUCACUGCCAUGCCUUCAAGCACCUGUGGAUUUGUACUACAAAACAAAGUGACAAAAAAGUAUUCAAAGUUCUUGUAGCCUGUUUUAGCGUAGGGGAGAAGGGGGUAAGUUGAGCCAGUGGGUAAGUUGAACCACCCCCUGUAACCAGGCAACGCCUUAUAGUUGUAAUCACGUGACCAGAAAUUAUGCAAGCUUCUCCCAUUUAUCAUUGCCUGUGAAAGAGAGAUGCUCAUUGUGGUCUGGUAAGCAUUUUUACAAAAAAACGUUUUUUGCUUGUCAAAGUACAUUUUCUAGAUGUCAGCUAUAUCGGCUGUCAUGUCAAAAAAAAUGUAUCCAGGUUUAAACAAAUAUAUUGUAUAUGUUGAUGUGUUGGCAGCGUAUUAAACCAUGUGAGUCAUUAAGCUAAAGAUGACUCUGAAUUGUAAUGCUAGACUAUUUUUUCUAAAAUGGUGGCUAUGGGGUAAAGUGAACCGUGGGCCUUGGGGUAAGUUGAGCCAGUUUUUCAAUGGAGAAAUUAAUGAAAGUAGGCCAAGUUGAUAAUAAGAGCUCAUUGUAGGCUACAUUUAAAGUUGAAUUUACCCUGUGUUUGAUUGGUAAGAUGUAUGAAAUUGUAUCACCAUUUGUAUGAUUACUUUUCCUUUUAUUAACAUGUUAAAAAAAAUCAAUCAAUUCAAUCGAAAUUUAUAUUAAAAAUAUUUGAAAAACUAAA